AUGAUGCUUUCUACCUCUGCUGCCCGUAUGGGAUGCGUUCGAACGACUCUACGUGAAAUUGGGAAACGCAAACUUCAUUCUACCGCACGUUGUGUUCGUGGAAGGAAGUCUUUGAUGACUCAGAACAUCCGCGUUCCUCUUUCUUUCGAGCUUUCUCGUUGGAAGUCAACGAUGGCUACCUACAGUGACUCGGAAGACGAGAGUGAAUCGGCAAGGUCUCUCGGCCAUGCUGAAGCCUCCAAGGCGAGAUCGGUUUCCUCUCAUGAGGAAGCGUGGAUGAUCAACCUUGGACGUGAUGGAAACAAUGAAUGGCUUAGCACUCAACGUGAUGCAGACGAAUGGUUUACUGGCUUGAAACCAUCCAUUUGCGCUGGAUCUGAUGCCAAUGGGAAGAUUCGGUCGCUGGCCUUGCCAAAAUUGGAUACUGUGACGCGUCAAGCAGCCAAGGAAUACUUUGAUAACUCUUGGACUCUUUAUGAAACUUUGUUCGCUGGGCUCAAGGGUGAGGAAGGUUUCUACCGUCCGCCACCCCACGGUCUCCGUCACCCACAAAUUUUCUACUAUGGACACACCGCUUGUCUUUACGUCAACAAACUUCGAGUCAGUGGUGUUCUCUCCAAACCUGUGAAUGCAUAUUUUGAAUCCAUCUUUGAGGUUGGAGUAGAUGAAAUGCUUUGGGACGAUAUGCAUAAGAAUGACAUGUUGUGGCCAACUGUCAAGGAGGUCCAUGAAUACCGUAGACAGGUCUAUAGUGUUGUCGUUGACGCGAUUUUGAAUCACCCCAGCUUGGACGACUCCAAUGGACGUGUGGAAGUCGAUCAAUCGCAUCCCAUGUGGGCUCUUUUCAUGGGCUACGAACAUGAAAGAAUCCACUUAGAGACAAGUUCUGUGCUUUUCCGUGAGACACCCUACCAUCUUGUCCAAGCUCCCGAAAACUGGCCCCCUAUCCACCCUUCUGCUGAUGGCAAUAGGCCCUCUUCCAACCCAAUUGAGAGUAUCGACUAUCCAAGCAAUAGAAUGAUUCCUGUGACUCAAGGAACCGUGGACCUUGGCAAGCCUGCUGACUUCCCUUCGUUUGGAUGGGACAACGAGUAUGGCGAACGUAACUUGGAUGUCCCCGACUUCCAGGCCAGUGAGUUCAUGGUCUCGAACGGAGAGUUUUAUGAGUUCGUCAAGUCUGGUGGUUACCGCAACAAGGAAAACUGGUGUGAUGACAGUUGGGCAUGGAGAACCCACAGAAACAUGAAAUGGCCUUUCUUCUGGGAACCAGCUGGUCCAGCAGGGUCGCACGAGUAUAAGCUACGUACCAUCUUCAAAGUAGUUGACAUGCCAUGGGAUUGGCCAGUAGACGUAAACUACUACGAAGCAAAGGCUUUCUGCCGAUGGAAGACUCGCAAGGACGGAUCUCCCACUUCUAAACCUUACCGUUUGUUGACCGAGGCUGAACAUCAUCUUAUCCGUGAUGAGAAUAGCAAUCUUGCAGCAGCUCGCAAGAAUGUUCUAGCUGAUAAGGUCAUGGCAACGUCGGGUGGAGAAUUCCCAGAAGGCUCACAUGGAGCAAACUUGAACCUUGCAUUUUCGUCGCAGAAUCCAGUGGACCACUUUGCCCCAUCACACACUGGUCAUAGAGAUACUACUGGUAAUGCUUGGGAAUGGACCGAAGAUCACUUCAAUCCUUUGAAAGGAUUCGAAGUUCAUCACGUCUACGAUGACUUCUCUACACCUUGCUUUGAUGGCAAACACAGUAUGAUUGUGGGGGGUUCCUUCAUUAGUACUGGAGAUGAAGCUUCGGUAUUUGCUCGAUUCCAUUUCCGUCCACAUUUCUUGCAACAUUCUGGGUUCCGACUAGUGGCUUCUCAUGACGAUGCCCCUGCAACCCACUUGUUUGCUGGAGCUUUCGAAGGACAAGUUGCAGCACGGGACGCCAUGCAGUCAGAAAGAGAAGAAAUGGACACUGUUGGAACUUCUAACGUCUACGAAACCAACGAAAGUCUCAACAUGUAUCUAGGGUUGCAUUACCCUGCAUCUGGUGAGAAGGAAGCUGUUGCUCCCAUUCUCCCCCAUGCUAAUGCGCCAAACCACGGAGUUGGAUUCCCACAACGCGUGGCACAACUUCUGUCUACUUUGAACCCUGAGAAGACUACCAACCGUGCUCUUGAUAUGGGCUGUGCCGUUGGUGGUGCUUCCUUCGAAUUGGCAAAGAACUUUGACCAAGUGGACGCAUUUGACUUCAGUGAAACUUUUGUCAAUGCUGCCAAGAGGAUGCAGACGGGGGAAGCAAUCCCUUUCCGCGUCCCAGUUGAAGCUGAACUUUUCGAAGAAGUGAACGCCGUCCAUGAAGCAGGUACCAAGGCUGCAACACUCGAUAAGGUGAACUUCUUCACUGGAGAUGCCUGUAAGGUUGUAGAAAUGGCAUCAGAAGGUACCCUUGGAACGUAUGAUGGUGUUAUCAUGUCUAAUCUUUUGUGCCGACUACCCGACCCAAUGGCAUGCCUCAAUGGGCUAAGUACUGUGGUAAAUAAGGGCGGUAUUGUGGUUAUGGUCACCCCGUUCAGCUGGUUGGAAGAAUUCACCCCUCGAGCCAAGUGGUUAGGUGGUUUCUAUGACCCUGUUUCCAAGCAGCCCAUUGCCUCCAAGGACGUUUUGAAAGAAGUUAUGGAAGAUCGUGGAUUUGUCAAGAUUCAUGAGGAAGAGAUGCCUUUGGUAAUCCGAGAACAUCAGAGAAAGUAUCAAUACAUUGUCAGCGAGGCAUCUGGUUGGCGUAAGGAAAAGUGA